AUGGCUGCCUCCCCAACGGGUGGCGACGAUUCACUAAGAAGACAAGCUGGAUCGAAAGCAAGGAUGGAUCGAGAACCAUCCCCGGAUAAUGGUGGAGCAGGUAAGAGUAGAGUGGAAGUAACGGUGGCCUUCGCAACGCCACCGGAUGGCAAUGACAGGAGCAAGAGUGUUUUAGAGGUGGAGGAAGAGAAAUUAAGCAACAAAGAAAAUGGUCAAGCAUCUUCUGUUCCAAUGGAUGACCAUGGCCAACUCAAUCAACAAAACACUGUUGACACAGCAGCACCAACAGUAAAUAAUAUCCACAAGGUCUCAAUUGUCCCUCUUGUGUUCUUAAUCUUCUAUGAGGUGUCCGGUGGCCCAUUUGGCAUGGAAGAUACUGUUCAGGCUGCAGGCCCCCUCCUAGCCAUCCUUGGCUUUGUGAUUUUCCCAUUCCUGUGGAGCAUUCCUGAAGCACUGAUCACCGCCGAGAUGGGCACCAUGUUCCCGGAGAACGGCGGGUACGUGGUGUGGGUCUCUUCAGCUUUUGGUCCAUACUGGGGUUUUCAGCUAGGCUGGAUGAAAUGGCUUAGUGGCGUCAUAGACAAUGCUCUAUAUCCAGUUCUCUUCUUAGACUAUCUGAAGUCUGUUAUCCCAGCUUUUCAAGGAGGACUACCAAGAACUUUUGCAGUGUUUGGUCUGACAGCAGUGCUGACUUACAUGAAUUAUAGAGGAUUGGCUGUAGUUGGAUGGGUUGCUGUCUUUCUUGGUGUCUUUUCUAUCCUUCCUUUCAUCAUUAUGGGGCUCAUGGCUACUCCAAAACUAAGGCCCGAAAGAUGGUUAGUGGUCGACCUGCAUAAUGUCAAUUGGAGGUUGUACUUAAAUACACUCUUUUGGAAUCUCAACUACUGGGAUUCAAUCAGCACUUUGGCAGGAGAGGUUGAUGAUCCAAAGAAAUCAUUGCCAAAGUCUCUCCUUUAUGCAGCAAUUUUGGUUAUCCUUUCAUAUUUGUUUCCCCUCCUGACGGGCACAGGAGCUAUUCCACUUGAUAGGAAGCUGUGGACAGAUGGUUAUUUCUCUGAUAUCACAAAGAUUCUUGGUGGGGUUUGGUUAACUUGGUGGAUGCAAGGAGCAGCGGCAUCAUCAAACAUGGGAAUGUUUCUUACGAAGAUGAGCAGCUACUCUUAUCAGCUUCUCGGGAUGGCAGAAUGGGGAAUGCUUCCAGAGUUCUUUAGCAGAAGAUCUCAACAUGGAACUCCUCUCAUAGCCAUCUUGUUCUCUGCCUCUGGUGUCCUUUUGCUAUCCUGGCUGAGCUUUCAAGAGAUUAUUGCUGCUGAAAAUAUUCUGUACUGCUUCGGCAUGCUCUUGGAAUUUCUGGCGUUUAUGAGAUUAAGGAUGAAGUACCCGAGGGCACCUCGACCGUAUAAGAUACCUCUAGGUACAAUUGGUAGCAUUUUGGUGAUCAUUCCUCCCACACUCUUGAUAUUUGUCGAGCUGGCUUUUUCUUCUCCUAAGAUCAUGAUAGUUAGCGCUGCAGCAAUGAUUGCAGGACUUGUUUUGCAGCCUUGUUUGAAGCAUUUGAAGAAGAAGCAGUGGCUGAGAUUUUCCAUAAGCCCUGACCUUCCUGAUUUUAUAGAAACUACGUGCGAGAAUGCUGUCGAAACUCUGGUGGAUCAGUUGGAUUUAGUGUCUUAGGCACACCUUGUGGUCUUCGAUGGGUGCUGCUGCUUGAAAUCC